AUGAAUCAAAGCGAGCCUCACCACCAAAUUUUCGCCUCCUUUACGGAUGGCACCAUUGACCCCAGAGUGUUGACACUCCCAACCGUCUCAGAGGACCUCAUUUUCGACGAAGAACAAGAUACAAGUGCGUGCUCAUCUAGUGGGUUGGAGGAUAUUGCUUUCGACGACUGUGACCCAGGAAGUAUCAGUGACUAUUUCCUCGAAUGCCAGUCCACGCUCGCUGAAUCUCCUAACCUACAAAGUCAUGACAUGUUAGAUCCGAGCAUCUUUAUGCACCAAGAAGCGGGUAUGUUUCUCAAUCAUUACUCCCAUUUUUCCACUUGCAACGAUGUUCUUCCUUUGUCCCACGCAGGAUACCCUUCUUCAACGGCUCAAAUGCCUGUCCCGAUUUUCUGUGAUCAAGCUCCAUGGACAACACAAAUAACCAGUCCGCCUGGGCGCCCAUUGUUGCCAAAACCAAUUGGUGCACCCAGCCCAGAAAUGCCCUUGCAAUGGGGUGAGAAGGAGGGUACAAGGGAACCAAAGAGACGUAAAAGAAAGGACCCCAAAGACCUCAUGUAA